GACUGACUCAUUUGCUUGUGAGGGAUUAAGCAGGAUAGAGAGGGAUUACACUUCUUUUUCCCAAGAGGACUUUUGCGUGCUUUAUGGAAUACUAUUCAGCUUAUUCUUCUGUUUAUAACAUUAUAUCUGAGUGAGUUAAAACUGACUAUCAUCAUGCAAACCCUCUUUGGAAACUCUUCAGUGUGUUAAAUUCUAAACUGGGAUCCAAACAGAAAGACAAACUGAACAUGAGGGAAGAGGGAGCUGUAUAUGAGGAGGGUCAGCGCAUCAUUUAUUUAUUCCCUGAACCCUAAAACACUCCAAAAUUGACAAUGAGACCAGACGUGGAGACUGAUCCUGGGUCAACUCCACUGAAGAUGGGAGAAAAAGGCCUGACACAGAUCUUGGCACAUGUGGUUGCUGAAGUGAGGGGCUCUGUCAAUAAAGAUAUAAAUGGAGCUGAACUAUUGUACAAUCGUCUCAACACCCCCUGGUUGCAUUCCCUACUAAAGGUGUAUGAAUGUCUACAGAGUCACCUAAAGGGUCCAGCUAGGCCAUAUCUUUCUUAUUCAUCUGGAAUCUCUCUACAGAUUGUGUCUGACCUGUUGGCAGUCCCAAAACCCUCAAAUGAAGCUCAAGAACUAUAUGCCCUCUUAAGCCAUCCCCACGUACAGGCUCUCCUUUCUGCUCAUGACACAGUAAGUUUAAGAGACUAUGAGCCAGAUCUGCCACCAUUGCCUAAAGACCUGCCUGAAGAUGAAGAAGCCAUGAGGAUUGUUUGUUUGGUCAAAAACAAUCAGCCUCUGGGAGCAACAAUCAGGAGAGAUGAUGUGACAGGGGAAAUAUACAUUGCUCGGGUUAUACAUGGAGGACUGGUCGACCACAGUGGUCUCUUGCAUGCUGGAGAUAGGCUGGUGGAGGUAAACGGUCAACCCGUGUUUGGACUGGAACCAGAACAGAUUAUACAAAUUCUGGCCCACUCCCAUGGAACCACAAUGUUUAAGGUGGUUCCCAGCACUGACAGGCCAGUCAACAACCAAACCAUGCUGUAUGUGCGUGCCAUGGUGGACUACAGUCCCCACGUGGACCCUUCCAUUCCCUGCGCAGAUGCUGGCAUGGCGUUCAAGAAGGGAGAUAUCCUGGAGAUUGUGGAUCAGUCAGACACUCUCUGGUGGCAGGCAAUAAAACUACCCAGUAUCUCUGCCUGCGCUGGCCUCAUUCCUUCCACCAGCUUGCUGAAAAGGAAGCAGAAAGAGUUAUGGUGGUCUCAGCCUUAUCAUCCUCACACUUGUGUCAAAACCUUGAGCACAGUGGACGAAGAAGAUGAACUGAUUGCCAUUGAUGAAAAAUGUGUAGAAGCAGAUGAGGAGGCGUUUGAAUCUGAGGAGCUAAAGGAUGAGGAGAGUGAAUUCAGCACCAACAUUGAGGGGAUUUAUUUGACUGGUUUUCGACGAAGUCUGCGUCUCUGUCGCCAACAGAGAGGUCAGGCUUUUGGAUCAUCCCAGUUCUGCACCCUACGCUGCCCCACAAGCUGUUACAGUGCACUGGACAACCCGUAUGAGGAGGUGGUGCAGUACCAGCACCAUCCAGAGCACCCACACCGCCUCAUAGCACUGCUGGGUCCGUCCGGGGUCGGGGUAAAUGAAUUACGCAGGAAGCUAAUUGAAAUCAAUCCAAAGGUCUACCAAGGAGCCGUUCCUCAUACCACACGUCCACCCAAAUGCCAUGAGGAGUCUGGCAGAGAAUAUCACUUUAUCAGUCGAGAGCAGUUUGACACCAUGGUCUGCAAUCACAGGUUUAUUGAGUUUGGGGAGUUGAGAGGUCAUCUCUAUGGUACUAGUGUAGAUGCGGUUAAAGAUGUCUUGGCCAGUGGAAAGAUCUGUGUGAUUGACAUUGAGCCAUAUGCAUUAGAGUCUGUGAGGACUGCAGAGCUGAGGGCUUAUGUCAUCUUUAUAAAGCCUCCCAGUGUUGAGCAGAUGAAAAGCACACGGAUGAACUCACAUAUCAUCACAAAUUACUACACCAGCCGAUUUUUUAAGGAUGAAGAUUUUCAGGAGAUAGAGGAUGCGGGACGCGAUAUGGAACAGCAUUACUGUCAGUUCUUUGAUCAUAUGCUAGUAAACGAUGGCCUGCAGGCUGCAUGUGUGCAGCUGCUGACCACUGUGAGGAGAGCUCAGGAUGAACCGCAGUGGGUACCGGCCGCAUGGAUAAGACCGACUGGCCAGUCUUAAUAUGAGCUCAGGGAUACUAUAGGAGAGCAGAUGAGCAGGAAUAUGCAAAUGAACUUUCUUUUCACCUUUUUUGGUGAUAAUAAUGUGUGUUUUGUCUUUAAAAAUGUAAGAGUCUGAAUACAAAUUGUGUUCACAUUUUUCAGGUGUCAAUCUUUUGUUUGGACAUUUUGUUCGCCCUUGUGAAAAACAAAUAAAACAAAUAAAACCUAAAUAUUUAUUGAGCUCUCCAAAAGAGAUUUGGUAUUUGUUAAUCCACUUUAAAAUGUGAUUUUGAGGAUUUUCAGGUCUGGAGUGAUGAGUGAUGGGGUUCAUGAGAAGAACAGAACUAACAUCACUUGAGUUGACAUGCGUUUAUGGGACAGUGAAAAAUGAAACCCAUCACACUUCAUGUUACGCACAUGUCACACCACUUACAUUCAGAUUGGAAAAUAUUUUUGUGUAAAUUAUUUUAAAAAAUGUUAAUAAGUGAAUAUUUUACUCAUUUCAGUUUUAUUUUAAACCUGCAUAUUUGACAUGCAUUUUUAAAUGCUUUUUUGAAACCUCUGAGGCCCAGUCCAUAGACUUUUGAAAUAUGAGAUAUUCUUAUGAAAAUGUUGCCAAGGUAUUACUCCCUUUAUAACACUUCUCUUUUCCACUAUGGUUUGCCCCAUGAAUACAUUAAUAUGCAAAUAAGAUGCAGUAUAUAGAUACAUUGAAUAAAAUGUGAAUAUCACAUCACAUUUGUGGAUAUUUUACACACACAUAUUGAAUAAAUUAAAAUAGCACAUCAGGUCAUUCUGUUAUAUCUUUCAUAACAUAGUUGAGAAUCAUCUUUGUACAAAAUUUGGUAAAAAAUAGUCUGAAAAUUAAAAACUGAUUGGUGAAUGAAAAAAAUAAAUCAUUAUUUUUGCCCAUA